CUUUACUAUAACAUUGGAAACCAAAUCCGGCUGGAAUGGCGCAUCCCUCUUUUCUGCUGAAAUCUGCCAUUGGCAUUAUUAUCCUUGCAGCGAUUUAUCCGUAUAUUUUUGCUCGCCUCCAGGUGCUGUCGCUCUUCUUUGCAAACAGACCGGAGAGAAUCACGGAAAUCCGAACAUGGACGGACCAUUCAGUCAAAUUCCGCGAUCGAAUUAGGAACUGCGAAGAUGGCCUGAUUGUCGAAGAGGAUGGCAUCGCCAUUCUCAGCUGCGAUGCUGGACGAGACCUGUACAACACUGUCAUGGGGACAUUCGCGUCCGAUCUUUCUUCGAUCCCGCCCGGCGAGCUGCUGCUGUACAGGUAUCACCAUUCGGCUGGUCGACUCUCUGGAUCAUCUGAGGAACUUACGCCGAUUAAACUGCUUGAUUUUCCUGGGGGGAAGGAGUUCCAUCCUCUCGGCGUUGAACCUCGACUCCUCCACUACUCAGCCAGUUGCAAAGCAUACAAGGACAAUCAUUAGCCCAUUCCUCAGGUCGCCAAAUGCCAUUGCCGCCCUUAGCGACCACGAGUUGUACGUUAGCAAUGACCACUAUUACCUCGCGAGGGAGAACCCGUGGCUGGCCAAGGUAGAAACGUACGCCGGAAUUCCCUGGGGCGCUCUUGUCUACGUGAAUCUCUCAGCUGGAGAUUCCGAUUCCGAUUCCUCACCAUCAGUCCGGCCUGUGGCUCACGUCCCAUUCGCAAAUGGCGUCACCCUUCUAAAUGCGUCCACACUUGCAGUGGCCUCAACCAGCACCUCUAGCGUCAGGUUAUACAACAUCCAACCUGACCGCUCCCUUCGAGAAUUCUGUGUGAUCAAUGUACCGUUUAUGCCGGAUAAUCUGUCCACGGACAAGAGAGGUACACUGUUAAUCGCGGGACAUCCUCAUCCACCGUCCCUAGAGAAGGUCAUCAAAAGUCGAAACAAGUGUAUAAACAAUGAUGCGCGCAAUCUGGGCAAUUGCUUGAUAGGCGCUUCUCCGAGCUGGGUGGCUGAGUGGACGCUUGAUUCCGGUCUGAAGAAUGUAUAUGUGACAAAAAGGGAGUUUGGCUCGAGCACGACGGCUAUGCGAGAUGUAGAUCGUGGAGUUGGGAUAAUUACUGGGCUUUACGAGAAAGGUAUUAUUUUUUGGCGGGAGUAA